GCCCGUGUUCCGGCUGCACGGUGGAGCCGGCGCGCCUCGCACGCACCUGUGUCGUCCCCCCGGAGCUGCACCGGGGAGGCAGGCGCUCGCCUCCGAGGGAGCAACACGUGUGAAGCCCCCAAUCUGUCAAGGUGACAGUGUCAGGUGGAUCAGCAGCCAUCCCACUGCUCCCUCUGUGGGGGGAUGCCAAGAGUAGGGGUCAUGGAGAGAAAGCAGGAGACCACAAACCAUGCACAUGUCCUCUUUGACCGGUUUGUCCAGGCCACCACCUGCAAGGGAACCCUGAGGGCCUUCCAAGAGCUUUGCGACCACUUAGAACUGAAGCCUAAGGACUACCGCUCCUUCUACCACAAGCUCAAGUCGAAGCUCAACUACUGGAAAGCCAAAGCCCUCUGGGCCAAGCUGGACAAGCGGGGUAGUCACAAAGACUACAAGAAGGGAAGAGCGUGCACUAACACCAAGUGUCUCAUCAUUGGAGCUGGCCCCUGUGGCCUCCGCACAGCCAUCGACUUGUCCUUAUUGGGAGCCAAGGUGGUGGUCAUCGAGAAGCGAGACGCCUUCUCUCGCAACAACGUCUUGCAUCUCUGGCCCUUCACCAUACAUGAUCUGCGAGGUCUGGGUGCCAAGAAGUUCUACGGCAAGUUUUGUGCUGGAGCCAUCGACCACAUCAGUAUCCGCCAACUCCAAUUAAUCCUCUUGAAAGUGGCCUUGAUCCUGGGCAUCGAAAUCCAUGUCAACGUGGAGUUCCAAGGGCUCCUGCAGCCUCCUGAGGACCAGGAGAAUGAACGGAUAGGUUGGCGGGCACUGGUACACCCCAAAACUCAUCCUGUAUCAGAAUACGAAUUUGAAGUGAUCAUCGGUGGGGACGGCCGCAGGAAUACCUUGGAAGGAUUUCGUCGGAAAGAGUUUCGUGGCAAACUGGCCAUUGCCAUUACGGCAAAUUUCAUCAACCGCAAUACCACCGCAGAGGCCAAAGUGGAAGAGAUCAGUGGUGUGGCUUUUAUAUUCAACCAGAAGUUUUUCCAAGAGCUCAGAGAAGCCACAGGCAUUGAUUUGGAGAACAUCGUCUACUACAAAGAUGACACACAUUACUUUGUUAUGACGGCCAAAAAGCAGAGUUUAUUGGACAAAGGGGUGAUACUGCACGACUACGCCGACACCGAACUUCUGCUCUCCCGGGAGAAUGUGGACCAGGAAGCGCUGCUGCAUUAUGCCCGCGAAGCUGCGGACUUCUCCACCCAGCAGCAGCUGCCCUCUCUGGAUUUUGCCAUCAAUCACUAUGGGCAGCCUGAUGUGGCUAUGUUUGACUUUACGUGUAUGUAUGCCUCUGAAAAUGCUGCAUUGGUACGGGAACAGAAUGGACACCAGUUACUUGUGGCUCUGGUUGGGGACAGCCUCUUGGAGCCGUUCUGGCCAAUGGGAACAGGAAUAGCCCGGGGCUUUCUGGCUGCUAUGGACUCUGCGUGGAUGGUCCGGAGCUGGUCACUAGGCACCAGCCCCUUGGAGGUCCUGGCGGAGAGGGAAAGCAUUUACAGGUUGCUGCCCCAGACCACCCCUGAAAAUGUGAGCAAAAACUUCAGCCAGUACAGCAUCGAUCCCGUCACUAGGUAUCCCAAUAUUAACAUCAACUUCCUCCGGCCAAGCCAGGUGCGCCAUUUAUAUGAUUCUGGAGAAACAAGAGAUAUUCAUUUGGAAAUGGAGAACCUAGCAAAUGUCCGAACUACUCCAAAAUUGACUCGCAAUGAAUCUGUAGCUCGUUCAAGCAAACUGCUGGGCUGGUGCCAAAGGCAGACAGAUGGCUAUGCUGGAGUAAAUGUAACAGAUCUCACCAUGUCUUGGAAAAGUGGCCUGGCCCUGUGUGCGAUUAUCCACAGAUACCGCCCCGAUCUGAUAGAUUUUGAUUCUUUGGAUGAACAAAAUGUGGAAAGGAAUAACCAGCUGGCCUUUGACAUCGCCGAGAAGGAGCUGGGCAUCUCCCCCAUCAUGACAGGGAAGGAGAUGGCGUCCGUGGGGGAACCCGACAAGCUGUCCAUGGUGAUGUACCUCUCGCAGUUCUACGAGAUGUUCAAGGACGCGCUCUCCUCCAGUGAUGCCUUGAACCUGAAUGCUGAGGAGAAAGCAGUGCUGAUAGCCAGCACCAAAUCCCCCAUCUCCUUCCUGAGCAAACUUGGGCAGACCAUCUCUCGGAAGCGCUCUCCCAAGGAUAAAAAAGAAAAGGACUUGGAUGGGGCUGGAAAGAGGAGAAAAACCAGCCAGUCAGAGGAGGAGGAAGCUCCCCGGAGUUACAAAGGCGAGAGGCCCCCCCUGGUGAGCACUCUGACGGACAGGCGGGUGGAUGCCUCCACUGGGAGCCAGAGCAAGGUGAAGUACGUGGCUACGCAGCUGCUGGCCAAGUUCGAAGAGAACGCCCCUGCUCAGUCCGCCAGUGUCAGGAGACAGGGCUCCAUAAAGAAGGAGUUCCCGCAGAACGUGGGGGGCAGUGACACGUGCUACUUCUGCCAGAAGCGGGUCUACGUGAUGGAGAGGCUGAGCGCGGAGGGCAAGUUCUUCCACCGGAGCUGCUUUAAGUGCGAGCACUGCGCCACCACCCUGCGCCUCUCCGCCUACGCCUACGACACCGAGGACGGUAAAUUCUACUGUAAGCCACACUACUGUUACCGGCUGUCCGGCUACGCGCAGAGGAAGAGGCCAGCAGUGGCUCCUCUCUCAGGAAAGGAGGCCAAGGGACCCCAGCAGGAUGGCUCCACUGCGGACACAAACGGACUGGCCAGCGCCAAAGCCAGUGCGGCGGAGAGAACUCCAGGUUCCAGUGUGAAUGGCCUGGAAGAGCCCAGCAUCGCCAAGAGGCCAAAGGGCACCCCCGAGAGGAUCGAGCUGGAGAACUACCGCCUGUCCGUGCGGCGCGCCGCAGAGCUGGAGGAGGUGCCCGAGGAGACACAGGCGGAGCACAACCUGAGCAGCGUGCUGGACAAGGCCACGGAAGAGGACGAGGCCAGCAGCAGUUCCGAGUCAGAGAUGGAGGAAGAGGAGGAGGAAGAGGCUGACCAGCCCCCCACCUCGGACCUGGGUGGCGUUCCCUGGAAGGAGGCCGUGAGGAUCCAUGCUCUUCUAAAGGGAAGGAGUGAAGAGGAGCUAGAGGCUUCCAAGAGCUUCGAGCCUGAGGAAGAGGAAGAAGAGGAAGAGUAUGAAGAAGAAGAAGAGGAAGAGGAAGAGGAAGAAUAUGAUGACGAGGAGGGAGAAUCCAGUGAAGCUGGGAACCACAGGCUACAGCAGAUCGUAAAUGCAGAGGAUCCCUUGGCGAUCCAGGCUGAUGUGCACUGGACACACAUCUGUGAGAGAGAGACAGAGGAGAGGAUGGGCCCAACCUCUGAGUCCUCCACUUCUAGAGCUCCUCCAGAUGAGAAUGACCUGGAAGAAGGUGUGGACUCAGAGCCAGCAGAGACGGAAGGGGAGGCCGUGGAGGACGGGGACCCUGGCGAUACUGGUGCUGAGCUGGAUGAUCAGCGCUGGUCUGACGACAUCCCCUCCGAAGCUGAAACAGAGCUCCGCCUGCAACGCCAGGCUGACGUGGAAGCAGAACUAGAGCUGAGGGUGUCAGAAAAUGAGGACGAGCAACCGCCCACCGUACCGGAACAGCAGGAGAAAGGUCCCUCCCAAGCUUCCAGCCCUGUCCGGUCCCCUCGGGAGCAAGCUGCUCUGUUCUCCCCGGCCCACAGCCCUGCCGCACAGGAGACCCGGCUGCCCCUUUCCUCUGUCACCGCGCUGAGAUCCCCCGAGGAGCACCCCUUCCCCGGUCCUCUGCACCUCAGAGAGAGGCUCAGAGCCGAAGCCCCGUCCCAUCGGCAAGCCGCAUACUCUCCGGUUCGGUCGCAGCCCGUGGCACUGCCAGAAGCCAGGACUCCUACCUCACCAGCCAGCCUGCAGCUCGAGACCCCGCUGACCCCGUCCUCGCCCCCCUGCACCCGGCUUCCCAUCUGCUCCCAGCCGCAGCCUUCCCCUUGCGCCGAGGCCACCGCCGUCCCGUCCCCCACCGAGUCCCCCAUCCGCUUCCAGCCGGUUCCCGCCAAAGCGUCCACGCCGCUGCUGCCCCCCGCGGAGGAGACCGUGAAGCGGGGGGACCUCGUGGAGGAGUUCUGGAUGAAGAGCGCCGAGAUCCGCCGCAGCCUCGGGCUCGCCCCGGUGCAGCGGAGCAAGGGCCCCGAGGCCGGCCUCCGUGCCCCCGCCCCCACGUCCGAGGGGCUGCGCCUUGCCGAGCCCCCUCCGGCCCCUAAGAGGCCCGGCCUGACCAGGUCAGCGGCUGACCCGCCUCCCCCGCCCGCGCCGCAGUCCCCCUGCGAUCGCGAUCGCGACCCGCUGCGCGCCGGCCCGGAGGAGCGCCGGGAGCUGUCCAGCAGCUCGGGCCUGGGCCUCCAGGGCAGCUCCUCCACCACCAAGACCCUGGGCAGCCAGAGCUUCAACACCUCGGACUCCACCAUGCUCACGCCGCCUUCCAGCCCGCCCCCGCCGCCGCCCGACGAGGAGCCCGCCACCCUGCGGAGGAAGCCCGCCUCCCCCGCGGUCCCGGCCCCGGCCCCGGCCGUCCCCCUGCGGCCCCGAGAGCCAGGCCGCGCGCCCGCGCAGGAGGAGGUGCGCAAGUCGUUCGUGGAGAGCGUGGACGAGAUCCCCUUCGCGGACGAUGUGGAGGACACCUACGACGACAAGACGGAGGAGGACUCGAGCGCGCACGAGAAGUUCUUCACGCCCCCGUCCUGCUGGUCCCGUGGCGAGAAGCCGCUGGCCAGGGAGAACGGGCAGCCACCGCCGCUGCUGGAGCGAGGGGUGCAGCCCCCGAGAAGGGCACUGCCCCUGGUCUCCGCAGAGGCCAAGGAGCUGGCGGAGGAGCGCAUGCGGGCCCGGGAGAAGUCGGUGAAGAGCCAGGCGCUCAGGGAUGCCAUGGCCAGGCAGCUGAGUCGGAUGCAGGCCAUGGAGCUCGCCUCCACGGCCUCCAGGUCCCAUGUAGGGCACCUGGCACCCUCCCGGGGCAAGGAACUGGGGCCCCAGGCCUCCAGACAGCCAGGCCUCCGAGGUCCCCAGGUGUCUACUUUGAAACAUGAAGCCACCAGCGAGGAGGUGCCCUCCCCUCCUUCUGACUCCGGGGGUCCCGAUGGCUCCGUCACCUCCUCUGAGGGCUCCAGUGGGAAGAGCAAGAAGAAGUCGUCCCUCUUCUCCCCGCGCAGAAACAGAAAAGAGAAAAAAUCCAAGGGGGAGGGCCGGCCCGCAGACAGACCUGGCCAGGGCCCGCCCGAGGAAGCCACCGCUAAGCCCAAGUCUCUCUGGAAGUCGGUCUUCUCUGGGUACAAGAAGGACAAAAAGAAAAAGGGCGACGCAAGGUCCUGUUCCAGCACCCCAUCCAGCGGCACCACUGUGAACUCGGGCCCCAACAGGGCAUCUCCAGUCGUGAGAGCAGAGCUGCAGCUCCGGCGACAGCUGAGUUUCUCAGAGGACUCAGACCUGUCCAGCGAUGACAUCCUUGAGAGGUCCUCCCAGAAGUCCAGGCGAGAGCCCAGAACCUACACGGAGGAGGAGCUGAGUGCCAAGCUGACACGGCGCGUGCAGAAGGCAGCGCGGAGACAGGCCAAGCAGGAGGAGCUGAAGCGGCUGCACCGCGCUCAGAUCAUCCAACGGCAGCUGGAACAGGUGGAGGAGAAGCAGAGGCAGCUGGAGGAGAGGGGUGUCGCAGUAGAGAAGGCUCUUCGAGGCGAAGCAGGCAUGGGCAAGAAGGAUGACCCCAAGCUGAUGCAGGAAUGGUUCAAGCUGGUGCAGGAGAAAAACGCCAUGGUGCGCUACGAGUCGGAACUGAUGAUUUUUGCCCGGGAGCUGGAGCUGGAAGACCGGCAAAGCCGGCUACAGCAGGAGCUACGGGAGCGCAUGGCCGUGGAAGAUCACCUGAAAACCGAGGAGGAGCUGUCCGAGGAGAAGAAGAUCCUCAACGAGAUGCUGGAGGUGGUAGAGCAGAGAGACUCCCUGGUGGCCUUGCUAGAGGAGCAGCGGCUCCGAGAGAGAGAGGAGGACAAAGAUCUAGAGGCUGCCAUGUUGUGCAAGGGCUUCAGCUUAGACUGGUCCUGAGCCCUGCUGCCCACGCAGUUGGUAGACUGGCACCUGCCUGACCCAGCUGCAGUCUCCCAAACCACUGGAUCCAGCCUCCAAGGAAGCCUGGUGCCCCCGGAGUCUGCCCAGGUGAAGGUGAUCACGUGAGGACAUCAGCUCCUGGGAAGAGGCCGCCUGGACUUGCCACUCCGAAGGGAGGAAACAUGGUGUGUGUGAUAUAUGCCUGAGGAAAACCCCUGGAGGCCCUGCCUUCCUCCAGUAUGUGAGCCACUAGCUCCCUUCAGAGCCACCCAGAGCGCCUGCGGGGCAGGGCAGACCUGAAGCACCACCAAAGAAAGGGCACCAGCACCCCAAAAGCAGGCUGUGGGUGGAGACCCAGGAGAGGCAGCCCCAGUCAGGGUGAUACCCACCUGCCCCAGCGCCACAGGGGAGGCACAGUGGUAGGCAGGCUCCAAAUCAUUAUGCAAGGUCAAAGGACACAGAAGGGGUCUGUCCCCUACCCAGCCCCAUACCACACACUGGACUCCCCCACCCCCCCACAGUGGCCAUAUGCCCCAGGCCUCUUACUGGCAAUAGUCUGAGGUCCGUGGAUUGCUGCAUUUUGCUUUUAGUUCACAACCAUGUUGACACUGGAAAGUAUUGACUUUGGGAGAACUGGGGGUGAGGGGGGGUCACUACAUGUCAAGCCCUCCAUUGACAGACAGGCACCAUUCCUGAUGGAUGCCCACAAGCAAGAUGACCUUCGUUGGUGUUUUCCUGUGUUUGCACAUUGAAACAAAGCUGACAACCUGGCCAGACACUCAAGCCACUUCAGACCCUUUUUGUCAAUUAACUUAUUUUUUUAAUACUUGAAAAGAAGCAACUUCAUUUUUAUACCUUUACUAGAGACACUGAUUACCUGUGUGUAGGCAUGACCGAGAGACCUGUUUAGCCCACGCACGCGGCGGAGGCAGAACAGCCCGGGACUUGCUCCGUGCAUCUGCUCAUUAGCCCUUCUUCGUGUCACUGACCUGUCAGCACCGGGAGCUGCUGGGGGCCCCGUGGGUCUGUGUGCCCAUUUUCCUUCCCCUGUUCUGUCGGCUCCUCCUCCACCCAGCACCCUAGCCCCACUGACCCUAGGCUUCCAUGGCAGAAUCGUCCCUUGGCAAGGAUGAAUUUCAACAUUUCAGGAAGCCAGGCCAGGAAGCAGACAGGCUGUUUCGGUCUCCCGCCUGUGGGAUCUUGGCUCUGUAGAACCCAUCUUGCUCUCCGUUUUGUUGCCGGGGUUUCAUCUCCUUGCACACGUGUGUUAAAAGAAAGGCUGAGGGUGGGUCAUCUUCUGACUGGCUUCUGUGUGGAGUAUGCCCUCGUCAGGCAGGCUGAUGAGAAUGCCUCAGUCCAGCCAGAUAGGCAUGUGCUAACCUUUUCCCAGUCCAGGAGCAAAUCCACUCUCUCCCUUCACCUGUACUAGGAUCUUCCUGGCUCAGCCUGGACUGGUUAACACCAUAAAACAAGCUCCACAGGCCAAACUUCAUCUCUUGUGGUUUAGCCAGAGCUCUCUGUCAUGGAAGCCGGGGUGCUUGUCUAUCACAAGAAACAGCACAUGGACCAGUCAGUGCCAGACCACCUUAGGCAGAGCAUGCCAGCCAAGGCUGGUGGGAAGGGCCAGUGCAGAGAACAGACCGUCUCUGGCUCAAGGCUCCUGAGGGUGAGACAGCCGAGGGCCCACGCAUGCUAACCCUGGACUUCCCAUGGGAACCACACUGUGCCUCAACUUGAACAUUCAUCCUGCCACACAGGACAAAGAAACUGUCUUACUCUUCACUCUGUGCAAAAGCUGCCAUCUCCUGUGGAAAUCCAGAGGCCUUGCCCGCAACCAGCAAGCUCUAACGUCUUCACCUCCUAGUUUCUGACGUGGCAGCCUCGACAUUUCUCUUCCUCUCCUUCUACCAGGGGAAGAGGACGGUGUUCUGGAUUCCAUCUUCAGUUGCAAUCUGCCAGCCAAACUGGACUUUGGACAGGACCUUCACUGCUCACGUGGCCUUCUCCUGUCUUCUCCGAUGCCACUGGCAUGCCCCGGCAGCACUGCCUGCUUCCCUGUCACUCCUGUGAACCCAGAACGAGGAAGCCAUUUCCAAAGUGACCCGUCAGCUACGCGGGGUUGUACUGUAUUUCAAGUGGCCUCACAGAGCAGAAACACCGCCUCUGUCCUGGUCAGCCAUGACAUCAUUGCAUCCUUCCAAAGCACAUGCUGCUCCCUGCAGUCGCUGGAGAGGGGACAGAAGACUGUGCAGAAAGGCCUCAGAAAUCCACCAGCCUGGGAACAUCCCCCAGCUCUGCAUCCCUGACAGUGAGGGCUUCAAGUUCUCACACGGCACUUCUUUUUAAGCUCCCGAGUUUGUAACCACUAGUUCGCAGUUGACUUUAGUAAUGUGGGCACUUGGUACAUGAAAUGUUUCCUUCCCUGAAAAUGCAUGCAGCUCCAGUCAGAUGUCCUCCCCAAGAAUUCCGUCUUCCCUUGAAGACAGGGAAGCAGGGAUGUAUACACUUCACGCCCACAUAGGAUGCCAAAGUUCUUUCCAGUGAGUCCAAGCACACGUGUCAGGCAGAACAGGGCUUCCCGGCUCUGCAUCCCAGAAGGCAGAAGGCGGCCUCCACGCUCCCGAGUCUGAGGCUGCCGCGGAGCUCCACGGGGAAUUCUAACACUGCUCAGUUAGUGUCACUGGGUCCUCGUCCCCCAAGAGCCAUCCUCUAGCUGAUUUGGACCAGCAACAGAAGGCUGUUCUUAACCCUUCCUCUCCCCCAAAAAAAGUUUCAGUGGAGCAAGAAAGAGUAAGGGGUAAAAAUGUCAGGGACUGGGGGUACAGCUUAGUGGUAGACUGUGUUUAUCACUCAUGACGCCCUAGUUUCAAUGCCCAACACCACACACAAAAAAAAGUUUUUUUGAAGGGUGGUUACAUCUGACCAACAAAUGGAAAUGGUAUGUUUUAUGCGCAAUAAAAGUUUUUAAAAGAAA